UUAAGAAUUAGUAAGAAUUCCAAUUCUAAAUCUCAACCAAAUGCUCUGCUUCUCUCUUCUAUUGUGCUCUCUUUCACAGUCUCUCGCUCUCUUUCACGCGCACACGCUGACGCAGAUUAUUCGAUUUUUAUCAAGUGCAGAGGAACUCCCAAGCUGGCUUCGUGUUCGUGCAAUUCGAGAUUCACACUUCACUGUGAGCUUAGGUUACUGUUGGUGAUUCUGUUGAACGCCCAUGUCUUCCACCUUUAGUCCCUGUCGGAGCCCAGGAAGUUCGAGGAUACAGUUAAUUGGCGUCGGAAGUGUUUCCAGGUUGAGAUCUUCGUCGGUCAAGAAGGUACCGGAGCCUUUGCGGCGAGCCGUCGCCGACUGUCUCUCCUCCUCAUUGGCCACUUCGCACCAUGGCGGCCCCUUUUCCGCUGUGGUCAAUGAAGCUGCCAGGACUCUUCGGGACUAUCUGGCAGCUCCUGCAACAAUAGACUUGGCUUAUAACAUCAUUCUUGAACAUACCGUCGCAGAGAGGGAGCGCAGUCCUGCAGUGGUCACAAGGUGUGUGGCACUUUUGAAACGGUACCUUCUAAGAUACAAACCGAGUGAGGAGACAUUGAUUCAGAUAGAUCGGUUCUGUUCAAACAUAAUUGCUGAAUGUGAUCUUAACUUGAAUCGGCCAUGGUCACAAUCUUUGAAGCCACAGUCUGGCUCACCAACGUCUACAAAUAUGUCUCCUUUGCCUGUAUCUAGCUUUGCUUCCGAGGCACUAAUGAAGUCACUGAGUUAUAUUCGUUCCCUUGUGGCUCAACACAUCCCAAAGCGGUAUUUUCAGCCAGCUGCAUUUGCUGGGGCACCUUCUUCGUCUGCACAAUCUCUGCCAUCAUUGUCAUCUUUGCUAAGUAAAUCCUUCAAAACACAAUUAUCUCCAGUGACUGCUCCUGAAGCAUUAGAGAAUGAUUCAAUUGCUUCAUCUGCUUCAAAGUUAUCAAAAAUCGAAAAAAUUGAUGAAAAGGAUGAACUUGAGUUCAUUGCCCAUGAUGUCCUAAAAUGGCGCUGGCUAGAGGAACAUCAUUUAUCAUCAGUACCAUCAGAAAAUGAUCAUGCCGUGAAUUCUCAAGAUGUAGGGGCAUAUAGUUUCUUAGAAGUAGGCGCUGCAGCAUUACUUGUGGGAAACGUUGAAUCUAAGAUGAAAGGGCAGCCGUGGAAAAUUUUUGGAACUGAUGAUAUGCCCUACUUGGAUCAACUUUUGCAGUCCUCCCCAGUUACACCAAUUACUAAUUCUGCAUCUUCUCAUCCUCACUUGAGAGCAAUAACAGCAUCUAAACGCAAUAAACCAGGCCCUCGUCAAAUUUGGGAGGAUUCUCCUAUGAGUACGUUCCGUCCCCGAGCUCGACGACUCUUCCAGUAUCGUCAUUACAGUGAGCAACAACCUUUGCGGCUGAAUCCUGCUGAGGUACGUGAAGUUAUUGCUGCAGUUUGCUCAGAGUCUUCCUCACCAAGUACCAAUGUGAUGACACUGACAAGAAGACUGAGCAAUACCAGUGGAAAUCCAUCGAUGGAUGUGGCUGUGAGCGUCCUCAUUAAACUUGUUAUUGACAUGUAUGUUCUAGAUUCUCGGACAGCUGCUCCUCUCACUCUCUCUAUGCUUGAGGAGAUGCUCAGUUCUUCUAAAUCAGCUUGCAGGAUUCGUGCUUUUGAUUUAAUUUUAAACCUGGGGGUUCAUGCUCAUCUUUUAGAACCUAUGAUGGCUGAUGAUGCUUCUGCAAUUGAAGAAGAUUAUUCUCAAGAGACCUGUUAUGACGACUCUCAACUUCUGGCCCAAGGGAGCAGAAAAGGAAAUUCUCCCAAUAUUAACAUUUCCUCUGCAAUUGAAAGUUUUGAGCAUUGGAUUUUAAAUAUUUUGUAUGAGAUACUACUUCUUCUUGUCCAGAAUGAGGAGGAGGAGGAAUCUGUAUGGGCAUCUGCACUCAGCUGUUUGCUUUAUUUUGUAUGUGAUAGAGGAAGGAUCUGGAGAAAUCGAUUGCAAGGUCUUGAUAUAAGGGUUAUCAAGGCACUUAUAGAAAUCAGCUGGAAGAAUUCUUGGGCAGAAUUUGUUCAUUGUAAGCUUAUUUCUAUGUUAACCAACAUGUUUUAUCAAGUUCCUGAUGAAGCUUCUGAAGCUGUACUGAGCACGCCUAAGUUUCUUGUGGAUCAGCUUGAUCUGAUUGGAGGAGUUCAAUUUAUUUUAAUUGGGUAUUCUCUUGCAAACUCAAGUGAAGAGAGGAGAAAUUUGUAUUCAGUGCUUUUUGACUAUGUUCUACAUCAAAUAAAUGAAACGUGUAUGGCUACAGGAGUCAACGAAUAUAGUGAUGAUGAGAUUCAACUUGCUGCCUUGCUUGCUCAAACGCAUGCACCUGAGGCAUUUUACAUAUCUGUUAAAUUGGGGGUAGAAGGCAUCGGUGAAAUUUUGAGAAGAUCAAUAGCAUCUGCACUGUCCAGAUAUCCCAAUAGUGAACGACUAAACAUGCUCUUGGAGAUUGUUGCAGAGAAAUUUGAUGCAAUAAUAAGUUCAUUCAGUCAUUUGGACAAAGAGUUCUCUUAUAUGAUUCAAAUGACAAAAGCACACAAGUUUCUGGAACAUAUUGAUGGUGUGGCUCAAGGAAAUGGUGUUGGUCUGAAGGCAAAGCUUUCAUGGACCACUUUACAUUCCCUUCUUCACUCUGAAAGAAUUGCUUGCCGACAAAAUGGGUAUAUCUGGUUAGGUGAUCUGCUUAUUGCUGAAAUUAGUGGGGAAAGGGGUGGAAGUAUAUGGGCAAAUAUCAAACACUUUCAGCAGAAAAUUGCUGAUGCUGGAACUCAGGAUUCUUCAGUUGCAUCAAAUGUUCCUUUGCCUAUAUCACUCAUGUGUGGGCUUUUAAAGUCAAAACACAACUAUAUUAGAUGGGGGUUCCUUUUUGUUCUUGAAAGGCUUCUUAUGAGAUGCAAAUUUUUGUUAGAUGAGUACGAAAUGCAACAUGUUAGCAGCACUGAUGGGCCUGAGCGGAAAGAUUGGCAUCUAGAGAAAGCCAAUGCAGUUAUAGACAUAAUGAGCGAGGCUUUGGGGCUGGUGUAUCAGAUAACUGAGACUGACCGUAUCAAUAUUCUAAAAAUGUGCGAUAUACUAUUCUCUCAAUUGUGCCUGAGAGUUCCGCCUGCAACAGCAUUGCCCUUUGGAGAUGAUAUGCAACGUGACCGAAGUUUAAAAUACAUGGGUCAAAAUAAGGAGUUGGAUGGUGAUAAUGGUCUCAAACAAGAUACUUUUCAAUGGGAUGAACUUAACAAAGAAGAUGUUGAUAGAAGAUCUAGCUACUCCAAUAACUUUUAUCUGGAUCAUGAAACUGCAUCAAUGGCAGCACUUCUUCUACAAGGGCGAGCCAUUGUUCCAAUGCAAUUGAUUGCACGUGUUCCUGCUGAAUUGCUAUAUUGGCCAUUAUUCCAGCUGGCUGGAGCAGCAACUGACAAUAUUGCAUUUGGUGUUGCUGUUGGAAGUAAAGGAAGAGGAAACCUGCCUGGUGCUACAUCAGAUAUUCGAGCCACCCUUCUCCUACUUCUUAUUGGUAAAUGCACUGCAGAUCCUGCUGCUUUUGCGGAAGUCGGUCUAGAACAAUUUUUUAGGGAAUUCUUGGAUGACGCAGAUUCCAGGGUAGCAUAUUACUCUUCUGCCUUUCUUCUGAAGCGAAUGAUGACUGAGAAACCAGAAAAAUAUCAACAUAUGCUUCAGAAUCUUGUUGUCAGAGCACAGCAGAGCAACAAUGAGAAAUUGUUGGAGAAUCCGUACCUUCAAAUGCGUGGAAUAAUUCAAUUGGCAAAUGACCUUGGAACUGACUUGUGAUCUUGCUUGACCUGGCUUUCUGGGGGCUAUAUUUAUUAAUUUGGAGUUGUGCAGAAGUAUGGGCAUUAAUGGGCAUUGAAGCUCUGGAUCUUUCAUCAUCUACUAUUCAAUAGAUGGGAUUGAGACACCUAUAUCCAGAUGCAGUUUUGUAAGCUUCCUUUCAGAAACAAGAAUAUUAAUGUUUUUCAAACUGGUGGAGCUUGGAAAAACGGGCCAGCAGGAUAAGGUGUGCUCUUACAUUGGAUUGUUCUGAGAAAUAUUUGGCAAUUAGGAAGAUAAACAAUUGCGUGCUCUAAGGCCUUAAUGCCUGUUGGUCUCCAGUCAAAUUACACGUUUGGUGAGCCAUGUUAUAUUUUGCUAUCGUCUCCUGUCCUCAGCUUGUGUUGGAACUGUUGAGGGGCAUGUUCAUUUGGGAAAACCUGUGUAAGUUUGCUAAUGGACUGAGAGUCAGGGAUUGGUGGCAUUUUAAGUGAAAACCCUUUGUCAAGGAAUAGCUUUUGAGAUCCUUCAAUGUGGAUACAGCUGCUGAAUGUUACUGAUCUGGGCCUUGACGUAUUCUCAGAUGUUGCUGGCAGGCAUGUACUACAUUCUGUUGAGAUUCUGCAUAACUUCACGAAGGUUGUUUCUUCUGUAUAGCAUUGGAUUUUCAUGGAGCCUCCGUCAGUUUUUUCUUGUCAUUUAUGAAGUUGGCCUAUAUGCUUACCUUUUUAACUGGGCAUACAGGGCCUUCAAGGAAAGAGCACUCCAGAUUUGUACAUUGUCACGGUCCAAUCCAAUUUGUUGUUUGGGGCAUCAUAGGAUGUCUACUUUUUAGAGGCAUCCUAUUUGGUCCUUGUUGGCUGUAAAUAUCUUACCUCUUAUCCAUCUUUUCUUCUCUCUCUCUCUCUCUCUCUCUCUCUCUCAUUGAUAUGACACUUAAAUUGCGAAAAUUGUAACAUUUCUUGAGAAAUUAUGUAGAUCUUUGUAGGGUUUUUGCAGCGCAAAGUUUUAUAGGGCAAGUUGGUUUGUGGUUUGAUAAUCUUGAUUCUUGUUUAUGCAGUUAAAAUGUGCAAGUUUUGGACCAUGAUGGAAUGUUUUUGUCAUUUUAUAUCAGUUUCUACUGGAUACCAGAAAUUUAUUGGUUGUUGGAUGAAGACUAAACAUUUAUUUUGGAGAUCUCGCGCGCGCGCGAAUGUACACUCACAUGAAAAGUAUUUUUUUAUUUUUU